GCUUGCCUGUGUGUAAGACUGGUGUGACAGAAUCGUGAGGCCACAGUUCUCUUUUCCUAUCCGUUCGGUUUCUCAGGAGGCUAUUUGGAAAAAGUCCCGAUCCCAGAGAGUUUCUUCCUUAGAUUGUACCAUCAGACCGUCAUAAUGGCGCAGAUGUUACCAAUUCGAUUUCAAGAGCAUCUCCAGCUCACAAGUAUUGGGAUAAAUGCUGCCAACAUUGGAUUUAGCACUCUCACCAUGGAAUCAGAUAAAUUCAUCUGUGUUAGAGAAAAGGUGGGAGAGACAGCACAGGUGGUCAUCAUUGACUUACAUGAUCCAACCAAUCCUAUUAGAAGACCAAUUUCUGCUGAUUCUGCUAUCAUGAAUCCAGCCAGUAAAGUGAUUGCCUUGAAAGCUGGAAGAACCCUCCAAAUAUUUAACAUCGAAAUGAAGUCAAAGAUGAAGGCUCACACCAUGACGGAAGAUGUGGUGUUUUGGAAAUGGAUAUCUGUGAAUACCAUUGCCCUAGUCACCGAAGGUGCCGUCUACCACUGGCCCAUGGAGGGCGAUUCGCUUCCUCAGAAAAUGUUCGAUCGCCAUUCGAGUCUUACAGGCUGCCAGAUUAUCAACUAUCGAACAGACGCCAAGCAAACAUGGCUUCUUCUCAUUGGCAUAUCCGCCCAGCAAAACCGUGUCGUUGGAGCGAUGCAACUUUAUUCCGUCGAACGAAAAGUCAGCCAACCUAUCGAAGGCCAUGCAGCUGCCUUCUCCCAAUUCAAAAUGGAGGGCAAUCCUGAAUUCUCCACCUUGUUUUGCUUUGCAGUCAGAAGUGCUCAGGGCGGGAAGCUGCAUAUCAUUGAAGUGGGAACCCCACCUACCGGAAAUCAGCCUUUUGCGAAGAAGAAUGUCGACGUUUUUUUCCCACCAGAGGCACAAAACGACUUUCCCGUGGCGAUGCAGGUCAGCCCAAAGCACGACGUGCUUUACUUGAUUACAAAGUACGGCUACAUCCAUCUGUAUGACAUGGAGACGGGUACUUGCAUUUACAUGAACCGAAUUUCGGCAGAAACCGUUUUUGUCACCGCUCCACACGAGCCAUCAUCGGGCAUCAUUGGUGUCAAUCGCAAAGGCCAAGUGCUGUCUGUCAGCGUAGAUGAAGAAACUAUUAUCCAGUAUAUCACAACAGCAAUGCAAAACCCAGAUCUUGCCCUGCGGAUUGCCACGCGUAACAAUCUUGCUGGGGCUGAGGAGCUCUUCAUGAGAAAAUUUAACACCUUGUUCCAGGGUGGGCAGUAUGCCGAAGCCGCAAAGAUUGCAGCCAAUGCACCAAAGGGUAUUCUAAGGACACCUGCAACGAUCCAGCGCUUCCAAGCAGUGGCCGCACAGCCAGGCCAGACGUCUCCUUUGUUGCAAUAUUUUGGAAUCCUUUUGGAUCAAGGCCAGUUAAACAAAUUUGAGUCGUUAGAACUUUGUCGUCCAGUUCUCCAGCAAGGUCGGAAACAGCUUUUAGAAAAGUGGCUUAAAGAGGACAAACUUGAAUGCUCCGAAGAGCUUGGAGACCUGGUGAAACAGGCCGAUCCUACUCUGGCCUUAUCGGUUUACCUCCGCGCAAACGUACCGAAUAAGGUAAUUCAGUGCUUCGCGGAAACCGGCCAGUUCCCCAAAAUCGUCCUGUACGCCAAGAAAGUGGGCUACACGCCCGAUUACGUGUUCCUGUUACGUAGUGUCAUGCGCAUAAGUCCCGAUCAAGGAGCCAUGUUCGCACAAAUGCUGGUUCAAGACGAUGAACCACUGGCAGACAUAGCUCAAAUUGUUGACAUAUUCCUGGAGCAAAACAUGAUCCAACCCUGCACUGCUUUCCUUUUGGAUGCCUUGAAGAAUAACCGUCCAGCUGAAGGACCAUUACAGACUAAAUUGUUGGAGAUGAAUCUCCUUUCUGCCCCACAGGUUGCGGAUGCUAUUUUGGGUAACCAAAUGUUUACCCACUAUGACAGGGCCCACGUUGCACAGCUGUGUGAGAAAGCUGGCCUACUUCAAAGGGCUUUGGAACACUAUACCGAUUUGUACGAUAUUAAGCGUGCCGUUGUUCACACCCACCUGCUAAAUCCAGAAUGGUUGGUGAAUUACUUCGGUUCGCUGUCUGUAGAGGAUUCGCUAGAGUGCCUUCGCGCUAUGCUUCAAGCGAACAUCCGUCAAAAUCUGCAAAUUGGUGUCCAAAUCGCCACCAAGUAUCACGAACAGCUGUCAACAAAUUCGCUAAUUGAGCUUUUUGAGUCUUUUAAGAGCUUCGAAGGAUUGUUUUACUUUUUGGGAUCUAUCGUCAACUUCAGCCAAGACCCCGAGGUCCAUUUUAAAUACAUUCAAGCUGCUUGCAAAACGGGGCAGAUCAAAGAAGUGGAGCGCAUUUGCCGGGAGUCGAACUGUUAUAACGCUGAACGAGUCAAGAACUUCCUCAAGGAGGCUAAGUUAACUGAUCAGUUGCCGUUGAUUAUUGUCUGCGAUCGCUUUGACUUUGUCCACGACCUGGUGCUAUAUCUUUAUCGCAACAACCUUCAGAAGUAUAUUGAAAUCUACGUGCAGAAGGUGAAUCCUUCUCGCUUGCCUGUAGUUAUCGGUGGUUUGCUAGAUGUUGACUGCUCAGAAGAUGUCAUCAAAUCCCUGAUCCUGGUCGUACGCGGCCAGUUCUCAACCGAUGAGCUUGUGGAGGAAGUAGAAAAGCGGAAUCGUCUUAAACUUCUUUUGCCGUGGUUGGAGUCGCGUAUCCAUGAAGGAUCCGUCGAGCCGGCCACCCAUAAUGCUUUGGCAAAGAUUUACAUCGACAGCAACAAUAAUCCUGAGCGUUUCCUUAAAGAGAAUGGAUACUACGAUAGUCGCGUCGUGGGUAAAUAUUGCGAAAAGCGGGAUCCUCAUUUGGCUUGUGUGGCCUAUGAGCGCGGCCAGUGUGACCGUGAGCUGAUCAAAGUAUGCAACGAGAAUUCGCUUUUCAAGUCAGAAGCCCGCUAUCUAGUUAGGCGCCGUGACCCUGAUCUUUGGGUUGAGGUGCUAAAUGAGAGCAACCAGUUCAGACGUCAGCUAAUCGACCAAGUGGUCCAGACGGCUCUGUCGGAAACCCAAGAUCCAGAGGAUAUCUCCGUCACUGUCAAGGCUUUCAUGACCGCUGACCUUCCCAACGAGCUGAUUGAGUUGCUGGAGAAGAUCGUUCUGGACAGCUCUGUGUUCAGCGAUCAUCGUAACUUGCAGAAUCUCCUUAUCCUAACGGCAAUCAAAGCCGAUCGUACUCGCGUGAUGGAGUAUAUCAACCGUUUGGAUAACUAUGACGCACCGGAUAUUGCAAACAUUGCGAUUUCUAAUCAGCUCUACGAAGAAGCUUUUGCGAUUUUCAAAAAGUUCGAUGUUAACGCAUCGGCCAUACAAGUGUUGAUUGAAAACGUGAACAAUUUGGAUCGUGCUUACGAGUUUGCUGAACGCUGUAACGAACCAGCGGUUUGGUCCCAAUUGGCCAAAGCUCAGCUUCAGCAGGGUCUGGUCAAGGAGGCGAUUGAUUCUUUCAUUAAAGCCGAUGAUCCUUCAGCCUACUUGGACGUUGUAUCUACGGCACACCGUACUGGUGGCUGGGAGGACUUGGUUCGCUAUCUGCAGAUGGCUCGUAAGAAGGCACGCGAAUCUUUCAUCGAAUCCGAAUUAAUUUACGCCUACGCUCGGACUAAUCGGCUCGCCGAUUUGGAGGAGUUUAUUGCCGGGCCCAACCAUGCCGACAUUCAACGAAUUGGUGAUCGUUGUUAUGAUGACGGAAUGUAUGAACCAGCGAAACUACUCUAUAAUAACGUUUCCAAUUUUGCUCGGUUGGCCAUAACUUUGGUUCACUUGAAAGAGUUCCAGGGUGCUGUGGAUUCGGCCCGCAAAGCCAACAGCACUCGCACAUGGAAGGAGGUGUGCUUUGCUUGCGUUGACAAUAAGGAAUUCCGUUUGGCUCAAAUGUGCGGCCUACACAUUGUUGUACAUGCUGACGAGCUGGAGGACUUGAUCAAUUACUAUCAAGAUCGCGGUUAUUUCGAGGAGUUGAUAAACUUGUUAGAAGCAGCUCUUGGACUGGAGCGCGCUCACAUGGGCAUGUUUACUGAACUGGGCAUUCUUUACUCGAAGUACAAACCAGAAAAGAUGCGUGAACAUCUUGAGCUUUUCUGGUCACGAGUUAACAUUCCGAAGGUUUUACGAGCUGCCGAACAGGCACAUUUGUGGGCUGAGUUAGUCUUCCUGUAUGACAAAUAUGAAGAGUACGAUAAUGCUGUCUUAACAAUGAUGCAGCACCCCACGGAGGCAUGGAGAGAGGGUCACUUCAAAGAUGUUAUUACCAAAGUGGCCAAUAUUGAACUAUAUUACAAAGGCAUCCAAUUUUAUUUGGAUUAUAAGCCAAUGAUGCUGAACGACCUUCUUUUGGUUCUUUCACCUCGCAUGGAUCACACGCGUUCCGUUAAUUUCUUUACCAAGUAUAAUCACUUGGAAAUGGUUAAGCCUUACUUACGUUCAGUUCAGAAUUUGAACAAUAAGGCCAUCAACGAAGCCCUCAACAGUUUGCUUAUCGACGAAGAAGACUACCAGGGUCUACGCACGUCAAUUGAUGCUUUUGAUAAUUUCGAUACCAUUCUGUUGGCUCAACGACUGGAGAAACACGAAUUAAUAGAGUUCCGCCGAAUCGCUGCGUAUCUGUACAAGGGAAAUAACCGCUGGAAGCAGUCGGUUGAGUUGUGUAAGAAAGAUCGUCUCUUUAAGGAUGCAAUGGAGUAUGCAGCAGAAUCGAAGAAUGCCGAGAUCGCCGAAGAAUUGUUGGCUUGGUUCCUUGAACAACGCAAUUUUGAUUGCUUUGCUGCUUGCCUCUAUCAGUGUUACGACCUUCUUCACCCCGACAUCAUUCUUGAACUCGCAUGGCGCCAUAAUAUCGUUGACUUUGCCAUGCCUUAUCUCAUCCAGGUCAUGCGUGAAUACAUUUCCAAGGUCGAUAAACUGGAAGCAGCUGAAUCUGAGCGCAUUGAAGAAAGCGAUUCUCAGAGUCAGCCUCCGUCGAUGAUGAUCGCAUCACAGCAGCUCAUGUUAACUGCACCCGGCUAUGCACCUGCCUAUGCCCCUGGUUUCACACCCGGAUACGGUUACGGCAUGUAGAGAAUUUAAAUACUGGUGUCAUUUUUUCACUGGUUUUUUCCGCGGCGUUCGUGUUCUUUUGUUUGGCGAUCCUUUCCAAGUGUUUUUAGAAUGAGGAGUAAGAUACCAGCAAAUUGUUAGAAAUUCGUGGAGUAAGCGGCCAAGAAAAUUCCGACGCUAGAUUUUAGAACAACUUAUCGGCCUCAGGCUAAGUGAAGUAGUAGUAGCCAACUGCUUCCGCUGUCUGUCGAUGCCGGCGGAAACCAACUGAGCCAAUAUUUACGGCUAAAUGUUUUCUUUUUGCAGUUGAUUGAUUGGUGAUUUUUUUUUUGUUUGUUUGUUUGUGAAUGUAUUCUGAUGCUUAAAAUCCCUUGAAUCAGUCUCUUUGGAGAUAUAAACCAAACCAUAGUAGUGCGAUGUCCACCAGUAAUGGAUGAUUUUCACCUUUAUCCGCUGCCCGCUUGUGUCACCUUUCAUACCACCAGCGAUUUCUUACCUUUCGGUACUCUUCUUAUACCUGGUUUGAUCGAGUUCUAGCAACUUGUACAUUUUCAUUCCACUUGUCUGGGCCAACGUGUGUGGUCGUUUGAAGAGAAAUUCGUUAUGGAUUAUUUAUCAAGCGGGACGACAAUAGGCUUGGCUUUAUAGUUUUUCUCUUCAGAAAUUAUAAAAAACAAUGAGCUGAGUUUCAUUUUUGUGGAUGUUGCGAACGUAUGGCCAUCCCCUCUUUCACACCCACUUGUUUGUCCUUGUAUACACUUACACACAAGUAAAAUUCUUUCCGUCUGUUUUUCACCGUUUACUCUUCGUUGGUGGUUUUAUUAUUCAAAAAUACGUUAUCUGUUUGCUCUUAUCUAUUAGUUGGUUUUUCUUACACUCCCCCAUUCCUUGUGGUAUGUACUACGAUGUCUGUAGCCCAUCUAAAUGAUUAUGAAUAAAUAAAGUUGUCACCAUGA